AUGGUAGCCCAUGAAUUGCGUCGCUGCUACGCAAGACUUCGCUUCAAUCUUUCACGGAACAAGAAUUCACGGUCCUCCAUCACUCAUCAUUUGAUACGUAGCACUGGUCGCUUUUCGAUGGCAAUAAUACCGCCAAACGAACUAGCCAAAGAAGAGAUAAAUCUUCGACAAACAAUACAACAUUCACCGUCGCUCCAGUUUGAUCCUUCUCCUUCUAAAUCUUCUAGACUCAUACCCAUAUCAGAGUUUUCAUCUAAACAAAUGAUACCUCCAAACUCUCGAGCAUCUAGAAGGGCAACAAACUCCGAAAUUGUGGGCAUAUCUCCUAUUGCGGCAAAUAUCACGGUCACAACUUUUAUCCUUCCUUUGGAAGGCUCUGAGAUUAAUUCUAUCACUAAUUUUAACUCAAAAGCGAAGGAAUUCAAUGAAUCUGAGGCCGAACUUGGUGAUUUUUCCAAUGCUCAUUUAAAUAGACAAAAUUGGAAUAUUGUAACUGAAACUACAAAUACGGCCUCAAGAAAUGGCCGAACGUCUGAAGGCACAGUUUUUCUUUCGAACAAUAACCUGUCAAAGAACGAAACUUACCCAAAACCAGGUGUUGAUCAGGCCACAAACUUUACAACAGCCUAUAGUGAUGCAGAAAUCCUAUAA